AUGAUCUGUAUGACGGCUAAUGGCGUACUGUGGAACGAGGCCAGAUCGGGAAGUUCUCCCCUGUAUGAUGAAUUGCUCCGAGGAUGGGCGAAAUGGAACUCCAAGCAUACGGUCGAGGGUGUUGGGACAACAGAAACCGACUACCCAUUUGUGCCAUUCUUUGACCGACACAUUGACCCACCAGCGCUACGACGCGUUCUUCUCUCGAUGUUGAAUCCGGAACCAUCAAAGCGAGCCUCAAUAUCGACUGUCGCCAAGAACAGAUGGAUCAAGAAUCUCGAGUGCUGUCAGAUCGAUAGCUAUGAUGACCCGAAGACAAGUAUCGACGCCUCUCGAGCUCGCUGCGGCGGCGGCACCAAGGAUAAGACUGUGGUCCCUCAUCACAAUCAUCUUCCUCCCACCAGUCAUCUUGGGCAUAAAUUGGUUCGACUUCCUGGUAGCACAGAGAUGUGA